CAUAUUUUUUCACGAAAGUCCAGAAUUGUUGCUAGUCUAAUCAACCAAAAGAUCAAAAAGAGUUUUACAAGUUAUUUAGUUACUCUUUUGCCAAGUAGCAUAGCAUACCCUCCAAUUUGGAAAAUUCAAACAAAGUUUGGCUCUUCCUUCCUAAUCAUCUUAUUUUUCUCGUGGCUUUAAUAAUAAUAAAAAAGUGCCAAACAAAGCAAUGGUACAAGACGCAAUGAUGGAGUGGGUUGGCAUGCCUCUUGUGGACAAUUUUUCUUUUCUUUUGUUUUCUGUAAAGAGAAAAAGAGUACGAAUGCGUAUCUGACUCGGAUAUGGAUUUUUGGGUUCCAGUCUAACUCGCUUUUGGUAGGCCGACUGACCGAAAACAUUAACGUUACGUAGCCUGGACAAUCUUUUUCUAAAAUCACAUGAAUUCUGCCUCAUUAUUAUUGUCCUACUCAAUGAUAAUCAAAGCAUUGGCAUCUCCUUUCACGUUGAUUUAAUUUAAAUCAUUCAACAGUUUCAUAAAAGAUUGUUUGACCAAUUUCUUACACUUUCAGAAUGUGUCCCUUGAAUUGAACCCGUAACUCCAAGUUAAAGGACGCGCAGCCAGGCUGGACCCUGAGUGAUGGGCUCAGGCCCAAAGUACUGUGAGUGGGAUUUUUUUUUUUUAUGAUUUAUUCAUUUAUUUUUGAAUAAAAUAAUCUCAAUCCUUAAAGUGUUAUCCUAAUACAGUUUAGAUUCAUUAGAAUGAUGUUAAUGAAUAUUAAAAAAUUACUAAACUAUCUAUGACUCUAAAGCACCAAAACACUCUUUUGCAACCAAACCACACGAUCCAUUCAUUUCUUCAUCGUCUUUAUCCAACUUAAACUCAAAAAUCCGAACUCAUUUGUGUUGGGUUUUAUUUUUCUUGUUUUCGAAUCCUUGAUCAUUAUAAAGAGUAUACUUCUUUGUCCCUUUGAAUUUCAGAACACACCAUUGAAAUCUACACAAGGGUUACCACUUGGGACAUGAGGUCAAGCUAUUGUAAAGAUAACUGAGUUUAUGUUCCUUUUAAAUUGGAGCAAGAUUUUCUUUUCAGUUAUUACUAAAGAAGUGAUGGGAGUUCUGAUUCCAAAAGAAGCAAGAAUCAGGGAGAGCAAAGCAUGGGAAACAAUAGGUUGAUGAAUCCUUAAGUCUGGCAGUAUUGAAUCAGAUUCAAAGGAGAGUUGCCUACACUAUCCUAUCCUCUUCUUCCAAUUGCAAAGCUUGCUGUUUGCAAUUGGAAACCAAAGGCGAAACAUCACCGUCUUAGCUAAACACCAACAUUCAUUUUUCACUUCUUUUCUCACAAAAAUAACAAGUAUUCCCUCUUAACCCACCAAAGAGUUCACCUUUCUCUUUCUGAGUUUUCAGCUAAAAAUCUCAAAAUUUUUUAGCUUGGAAAGGGCGAGUAACAAUGCAUGGGAGAAGACAGGAAAUGAUUCCGUACCUUAAAAAUUUGAACAUAGUUCACACUUUAUUUUUUUGGAUCUUGAUAUUUUUUCAUUUCCAUUAACAUCUAUAUAUAAUUAAAUUCCAAUAUAGAUUCAUUCGGGGCACCUUUUAUUCACAAGUUAAUUCUCUUAAAAUGAUCUGAUCUGAGGGCUAGUGGGUCAAGUCUAAUGGUUAAGACCAAACUCACCGACUGAGAAAACAGAAAAGAUCCAAGCUAAAAGCUCAUGGGAGGCUGUUUUCAGUCCCAGGGCUUAGGCAACUUGAAAGCUCCGCCACAAGGUGUGCUCAGCCCCCAGUCAAAGUAACAGCUGAGCCGACCCCCUCUGUUGAUGAGUAGAAAGCACAACACAUGCUCAAAGCUAAAAACCAAAUUGAUUCCCUACCACAUAAAAUGUAUGGCAAGUUGGGAAUCACGUCAACCAAAUCCUAACUUAUUUCUUUUAUAUAGAAAGAGAGGACUAUUGGGAGUGGCGAAGAGAUAGCUGAGCAUCAGUUUUAAAAAGCUCGAGUUUGAAGCAUCAGGGAUUUGUAUCAGUAUAACAUACUAAUAUCCUUCAUCAUUUGCUCAGAUAUCUUCUUCUUCGCUUCCGUUAAUCCAACCACAAAUAAACAAAACACAGAACCAAAAAUAAUUAAAAACCAAAAACCAGAAACGAGAAGAGAACCAAGCCAUUCCAAUAGAGUCGGUGGCACAAAAGCGCUCUAUAUAUAGUGCAGAAGAGCCUCGGAAACCCUAAUUGCCAGUAGGUGACCAAAUAUGCGCGACGCCGUUUUGGCUUUUAAGAAUCUAAACGCAUCGUUUCAACAGAGUAGUGUGUUUGAAUCUUUCAACUUCUGUUGAAGCGCAGCGGUUCCAAUCAGAAGAAGGAUGCACGUAUGACAUAUAUUUGAUUCAGAAACUCACUUCUUUUCCUGAAGAAAAUCAUAUACUUUUCAUCACCUUACUUACACAUUCGCUUCCUUGUUUCUUUCUGCUUUUUCCUCAUUACGUUCAAACUGUUGCCGCAUGAUCAGAUUGUUUACUUGUAGAGCAUUGCAACCAUCUAAUAUUUAUGCUAUACGCCGACAAAUCAACCCUUUGCUAUGUUCUUCACUUUGCGGAUUCUCAGCCCAAGCAGCCAAGCAAACCCAGCAAAGUCCAACUUUUAUAAACGAACCAUGCUCGUGCUUCAAUUCUCACGCCUACGGAGCUUUGCUUCUACCUUGUAUCCAAAACGAUGACCCCAUUUCAGCAAUGGGUCUUCACUCUGAGAUCCUGAAGAGAGGUAACUGCUUAGACUUGUUUGCCACCAACAUUCUUUUGAAUAUGUAUGUUAAAGCUCAAUUAUUGUCUGAGGCGGAAAUACUGUUCGAUGAAAUGCCGGAGAGAAACACGAUUUCUUUUGUGACUUUGAUUCAAGGGUACACGCAGAGUUUGCAAUUUGUUGAAGCUGUCGGGUUGUUUACUAGGUUACAUAGGGAAGGUCAUGAGCUUAACCCAUUUGUUUUUACUUCGAUAUUGAAGGUGCUUGUCAGCAUGGAAUGGGCAGAGUUAGGUUGGAACUUUCAUGCUUGCAUUUAUAAGCUUGGCCAUGAAUCGAAUGCCUUCGUUGGAACUGCUUUAAUUGACACAUAUUCUGUUUGUGGGUGUGUUGAUUUCGCAAGAGAAGUUUUUGAUGGGGUUAGAUGCAAAGAUAUGGUUACUUGGACUGGAAUGGUGGCAUGUUAUGCGGAGAAUGAUUUUUUUGAAGAGGCAUUGGAGGUUUUUUCUCAUAUGAGGUUGAUCGGUUUCAAGCCAAACAAUUUUACUUUUGCUGGUGUUUUUAAGGCUUGUAUUGGACUUGAAGCAUUUGAUGUCGCUAAAGGUGUUCAUGGGUGCGUUUUAAAAGCUCGUUAUGAGCAUGAUAUCUACGUAGGAGUUGCAUUGCUUGAAUUGUAUACCAAGUCCGGGAACAUUGGCAAUGCUCAACGAGUUUUUGAGGAGAUACCUAAAAAAGAUGUUAUUCCUUGGAGUUUCAUGAUUUCACGGUUUGCACAGAGUAACCAGAGUGAAGUGGCUGUUAGUCUGUUUUGUCGAAUGAGGCGAGCUUUUGUGGUGCCUAAUCAAUUCACAUUUGCUAGUGCACUUCAAGCUUGUGCAACUAUGGGGGAUAUUGAGUUAGGGAAGCAAAUGCAUGGUCUUGUGCACAAGGUUGGUCUUGACUUAGAUGUGUUUGUAUCAAAUGCUGUUAUGGAUGUUUAUGCUAAGUGUGGAAGGAUUGAGGAUUCAAUGCAACUGUUUGAGAAAUCAAUAAAUAGGAAUGAUGUCUCUUGGAACAUCAUGAUUGUUGGCUACGUUCGCUGUGGGGAUGCUGUGAAGGCAUUGGGUUUGUUCUUGGAAAUGCUUGAAAACCGAGUACUUGCAACUGAAGUAACAUACUCCAGCGUCCUUUGUGCUUCUGCCAGUCUGGCAGCAUUGGAGCUAGGAACUCAAAUUCACUCGUUAGCUAUCAAAACAAAUUAUGCCAAGAACACUGUAGUUGAUAAUGCUUUGAUUGAUAUGUAUUCCAAGUGUGGAAGAAUCAGAGAUGCCCGUCUAGUGUUUGACAUAAUGAAUGAACGAGAUGAAGUUUCAUGGAAUGCUAUGAUCUCAGGGUAUUCUAUGCAUGGGCUAGGUAUAGAGGCUUUAAAAAUAUUUCAGAUGAUGCAAGACAGAGGGUAUAAACCAAACACUUUAACUUUUGUUGGUGUGCUAUCAGCAUGUAGCAACUCAGGACUAUUUUAUCAAGGACAAGAUUAUUUUACAUCUAUGGUUCAAGAUUAUGGCAUUGAGCCAUGCAUUGAGCAUUAUUCUUGUAUGGUCUGGCUUUUGGGGAGGUCAGGUCAUCUUUACAAGGCUGCCAAGUUGAUUGAGGAAAUCCCAUUUGAGCCUAGUGUUAUGGUGUGGCGUGCGUUGCUUGGAGCUUGUAUCAUUCAUAAUAAUGUUGAGCUUGGGAGAUUGUCUGCACAACGCAUUCUUGAGAGGGAACCCCGAGAUGAAGCAACCCAUGUGCUAUUGUCGAACAUGUAUGCUAUUGCAAGGAGAUGGGAGAAUGUCAGUGCCAUUAGGCAAAGCAUGAAAAAGAAAGGAAUGAAGAAGGAACCUGGUUUGAGUUGGGUUGAGAACCAUGGAAGAGUACAUUAUUUCAGUGUGGGUGACACUUCUCAUCCUGACAUGAAGGUGAUAAAUGGGAUCUUGGAAUGGUUGAACAUGCGAACAAGGAGGGCAGGCUUUGUUCCUAAUUGUCACGCCGUUUUGCUUGAUGUAGAGGAUAAAGAAAAGGAACAUCUCUUGUGGGUACACAGUGAAAGGUUAGCUCUGGCUUUUGCAAUGUUUAGAACACCAUCUGGAAGCCAAAUCCGUAUAAUUAAGAACCUCCGAAUAUGUGUGGAUUGCCAUGCUGCAAUGAAACUAAUAUCAAAGAUUGUGCAGCGCGAUAUUAUUAUCAGAGAUAUGAAUCGAUUUCAUCACUUUCAGAAUGGAAUUUGCUCUUGUGGUGAUUACUGGUAAUUGAUGUGUCUCUAUGAGAUCAAUCAAUCUUGGAGGGCUGGAGUUUUAAUCUUCUCUAAGAAAUUCAUAUUAAUCGAGGCUUUCUGAGGUUGCUGUCUUUAUGUUAGCCCAACUCAACAAACAAUUAUUUUAGCAUUUGCUGUGACCAAUUGACCAUUACUCCAGCCAAUAAAAUGAAUUGCAAAAGGUUUGAAGCAAAAAUUUUGUUAUGAGAAAAGCAUGUAGACAGAACGACCAUUGCCAGGUCUUCCCAAUGAAAGAAACAACUAGAAGAGCCUACAGUAAAUAUGAAGGAUCCUAUACAAUGAAAUCAAGCAUUGAAGUUGUGAACAAGUUUUGUACACAAAAGUCAGCAACAUCAAUCAAGAAAUCUAAUUUAACAUCCUUCAUUAUCUCUCACAAAUAUGCCCUGAUAAGUACUCUUUCUUAAAAACUUAUUAUUGUGCUUGAAUUAUAUCUGAUAAGUUGUUGCUGCAAAUAAACUUUUUUCUGAAGUUAUUCUACCUAGUCCUACAAAUUCACUGAAUAUUGAAACAGUUUCCUGAUCACAAUGCAGCAUGUCAUUUUAUUUCCCUGAACAUAACCUAUUCUCCCUGAUAGGUAUCAUAUAUAGUUCAUUAUGUGUGCGAUGCAUGUUCAUAUACAAGUGCACUUGUAUAUGUGUAAAUUUUGUUUGUGCUAUUAACUCUUAAAAUUAUUUAUUUGGGUAUUCGUUUCUAGAACAAUCAUAUUGGUAUAUGAAUGAUUCAUAAUUUCUUGUACAUCCUAUGUGCAAGCAUAGUUUAGAACUACCACAAAGUCUAGUAACUAAUGUUCCGUGGUUCAUAAAGUUUCUUUAAGAAAACAAUGGUUCAUCUUACAUAACAGAGAAUGUGGUUAUUGAUGAGAUAAUGCUCAAAAAAGAAUUGACAAACCAACUACUAGUUUCCUUUUCUUGCUUUAUCACUGUCACUGUCACCUUGAUUAUAUGUUCAGCCAUUGCAGGCUUUCUUUGAGUACUAUUUGACAUUAUUUAAAUUUCAUUUCACUGAGUACUUUUUGAGUGCUGAACUACCUUUGGAUUGAAUGCUGAAAUGUAUUAAAAGCUUGAAUUUAAUUUUUGUUUCUUUAUUGUUUGGGUUGAACAUUUGUUGCUUUGGCAUGUUUCUUGGUAACAUGCUGGACUUUAGUAGUAGGAACCUAUCCUUGUUAGACAAUAUAUGAAAAUGACUUUUGCUUGCUUUCAAAAUGAGCAAGACCAAACCAAAUUGUAAGAGUUACUUAUGGCAAAUGGGUUUUUUAUUCUUUUAUUUUCUUCUUAAGGAUUGUGUUAAUUAGUUCAUAAAAACAAUGAGCUUAGUCUUGCUUUAACUCAUCAAUUACAUCACCCUGGAAAAGUUUUCAUCAACUGUAUGCACAACACUUUCUUUGGAAUACAACCUAUAAAUUUGUAUAUGAUUAAAGCUUUGGCCUAACUCUAAUGAACGUAAUCAUUGUAGUGAAAUACAAAACAUUAUUGGUGAUAUUUUCACUAGCUCCAGUUCAGGGACAAGUGGAUUGUUUGUCCCACAUUCCUGAAGCACUAAUAAAUAAUUUACUGAUCUAGUUGUAUGUUUUAAU